ACUUGGGAGAGAACUGUAUAGCGAGAUGCGUAAACACUGACAUGUCAGAGUGACCUUUCCAUCAUCCCCAUAUGCCUCCCUCCACAAAAGGCGCCAUGGAGCUUUACCCAGCUCUCAAAACCCCUUUCUUCCCCUUCUAUCCUUCCCUACGCACUCCCAUUCUUUCCAUGUGCGUUCGUUGGCAAGAAACCUAAAGAGAAUAUAGUCGAAAUCAUUAUCCACUCUAAUUUUCAACUUUUCUUUCGUAAAGGAACUCUUCCAACUCUGUAAUUCUAUCUUCCGAUCUACGUUUCGCAUAUUAUCCUCCGGUGUUUCUUGAACAUGCUUCAACCACCAUAAACCCUCGACCUUUUUUUCCCCAUUUUGCUCUUACCCAGAUCAAUAACCGCUGUUUUAAAUGGGAAAUUGUUCAAAAACCCUCAAGAAAACAAACCCAGAUCAUAACCCUGACAAAUUUUACCCAAAAAUAGACAACUCUGAUAAAGCAUACCAGAAAACAGAUAACUCCGAUAAAGUUUAUCGGAAAACAGAUCAAUCCGGUGCCACUAACCUUCUUCCGUUACCGUCAACAUUGCCCUCUCCAUCGACGUCGUCGUUGCCGGUUGUUAGACUGUACGGGUCACCGACUUCUCCAGCCACUUCCUACAUUCGUUUCGCGCUCCUUUACAAACCUGUGACUCUACUUUUCAUCCCAUCCGAAAAACCCGACUUCGGAUUUGAAACGCCGGUGAUUCAGUUAGGAUCCGACGUCAUAUCGGGGUCUUCUGUUACCAUUCUCCGUUAUCUGGACGCCAAGUUUCCUAAGCCGUUGCUUCUGAGCAACUGGAACACGUACAAUGAGACGACGCCGGUGGUGGUGACGGCGACGGCGCUUCAGCAUAAAAGUUUGGUGUGGCAUUUGGAUAGAAUGGUGAGGUGGGGGGAGGACUUGGCGGCUCGUGGCGGUCGGUCGAAGGGGGAUCCAGUGAUGGGGAGUGCACGAAUGGAGGUGAAAAAAUAUGCAAAGAGUUAUUCGCAGCUGUUGGAGGUGAUGCUUGAACAUGCUCAGAUGGAGGAGAAGAUCGUCUUUCCAAUUUUGGAAAGGGAAGAUCGAGGCUUAUCUAAAUCUGUAAAUGAGGAACACGCGAGAGACCUACCCCUCAUGAAUGGCAUCAAAGAAGACAUCAAAACCAUUAUAGUUCUUGAUUCAGGGAGCUCAUCAUGUCAAGACGCCCUCUUUAGCCUAACCACUCGCCUUAAAUCAUUACAGGAGAAUUGCAAAAAGCACUUUGAAGAGGAAGAACGUGGGAUUCUACCAUUAAUGGAGGCAACUGAGUUGACUCAAGGGCAGCAGGAGAGAGUAUUGGAGCAAUCAUUAGAUGUGAUGCCUGGCACACACUCUAACCUACUUAGGUUUUUCAUGGAAGGUCUUCUCCCUCAUGAGGCUAUGCUUUAUCUUGAUUUGAUCACCAGAUGUACGGAUAAAGAUCGGGCCGGGUCGAUUUACCGGUUUCUAGUCGAAGAACACAGUGGAAAACGCAAUGAGGGUCGACCAACCAUGGGAUUGUUGUUAAAGGCCAAGUCAUAGGAUUGAUGAUUGGAAAAUUUUUUAAAAAAAAAGAAAAAGAAAAAGAAAAAGAAUUUGGGUGGUUAGGAAGUAGUGUUGUGGUGGUUGAUUUGCUUGGUUAUAUUGUAAUUGUAUGUAUGCUUUUGUUUCCAAAUUCCAUAUUAACACCAAGAACCAAGAGGGAAAAAAAAUCCUUUCAUAUGUGGC